AUGUCUGAGGAAAAUGCAGAGUUCAUAGGGGAGAAGGGUCCUCAAAGGAGAUAUGUUUCGGAACAGCAUUCUUUCAGACUUACCCAGAUAUCUACAAGCCAAAAGAUUCAACUAUUAAUCUUAACAAUCCUUGCCUUGAUUACAAGAGAGUGGAAAAUCGAUGAGCCAUCAACUGUUGUUUUUGAUGAGUUGGUUGUUGGUAAUUCCGUCAAUUCCUAUAUAAGCCACAAAAUUACGUCUGACAUCAAUCCUCCGGCUGGAAAGAUAAUAUACGCCUGGAUUGCCAGCUUGUUCAAUUAUACUAUUCCAAAGCUUGGCUUUCGUCCAAAUGCGUCCUAUGUCAAUGCCGAUGGAAAUUUGCUAUUUCCUUAUACUUUGCUCAGAACAUUUAGUGCUGUUUGCGGGUCCUCAUUGGUUAUUUUCAUGUACAAAACAUUAAGAUCAUCCGGGGUGAGACACUCGAUUGCUCUAUUUGGUGGAUUUCUUGUUCUUUUCGAAAACUCAAUUGUGGUUCAAUCAAGAUUCUUCUUUUUAGAUGCCCCAUUUUUGGCCGCAAUCGCCUUUGCCAUCUCCUCGAUUAAGUCUGGAGACUCUAUGAGGACAUUCAGUAGAAAAUGGCUUGCUUGUCUAUUUCUCUCGGCCAUUUCUCUAGGCUAUACCAUAUCGUUGAAAACAUCGGGAUUCUUUGUUUUGGUGUGGGCCUUUGCUGUUACAAUCAAGCAGAUAUGGUACAUGAUCGGAGAUUUGAAAGUCAAAAAAUGCUCGAUAUGGAGAUUCACCGUAUUGAAAUUCAUGUUGUAUUUGGUGAUUCCAGCUUCAAUCUACAUCUAUUUCUUUUUUGUUCACAUAAACUUGCUAACAGAACGUGGUCCUGCAUACGAGGAGUUAUCUCCGGAAUACCAGAGGAGUUUGAUUAACAACCAUUUGGAACAUGUUUACAAGGAUGUUUUCUACGGAUCAUCCAUCACUCUAAGACAUUAUACAACUGGAAACUACCUCCAUUCGUAUGAUGCAAAAUAUAAAAAUGGUCACCAACAAGUCACUUUGGUUGAGCAAUUUGAAGAUCCUUUGAAUAGAUGGUUUUUGGAAGAAGCAGGUACGAACCCUAGUACUGAUCUGCUCGAGAGAAAUAUUUCUAUUCCUUCCUGGGGUAGAGUUCGUCUAUACCACAAUGGUACAGAAAAGCACUUGAGAGUUGAUCCUGAUGCUAAGCCUCCUUUAUCAGAGCAAGACUACAACAGAGAGGUGACUGCUUUAGGAAAUAACACAUGGUUAGGCGAUGAUUAUACCGAUUUAGAAGUCAGAAUUGCUCCAGAUUAUUGCAAGACCAAUGCAUCCAAAGGAAGAGUCCAGGCAAUUGAUACAGUUUUUCAGCUCUAUAGUCAUAGAAAGGGCUGCUUUUUGCUAGGUACUUCAAAAAAGUUGCCCGAAGCUUGGGGACACGGACAAAGUGAAGUGCUAUGCAUUGAAUCACCAAAAUUUGAAAGAUCAUUGUGGUACAUUGACUCCAACGAACAUCCACUAUUUGACGAAACCACACCUACUGUUGAGUUUAAAAAGCUUUCCUUCUGGGAUAAAUUUGUUGAAUUGAACAAGCUUUUGUUUCGGACGUUGGCAUCGAAUAAGUUUGAUCAUCCAUUCAUGUCUAAGCCUAAGGAUUGGGUCAUGCUGAAUAGUGGUAUUCCUUAUUACUCCGAGGAUAACAAAUUUGUUUACCUAUUUGGUAAUGUUAUCACAUACCAUCUGGUUGUGCUUUGUGUGUUCUGUUAUGCAUUAUGGCAAAUAUGUCGCCUUAUAUUGUGGAAUCCACACAAGGAAUUACGCUUUAGUGAGAGAACAUACAAGUACGAGUUUCAUGGUCUUGACUACUUUCUUGGAUAUGUCAUCAAUCUAAUUCCGUACGUCCUUCUUGACCAAACUUUCUUUUUGUUCUGCUAUUUGCCUGCUUUGUAUUUUGGUAUUCUUUUGGUUGGACAGACUUUCGAACUGAUUGUUUCUAAAAGACCAAGCAUUGGAUACUUAUUUACCUGCUUGUGGGCAAUUGCUGUUUUUUUAACCUUCGUGAAAUUUUCACCACUGAUCUUUGGUCUUAAAUGGAACAAAGAGAAUUGCAUGUCUCUUUUGCUAUUUUCAACCUGGGAUAACUUCUGUGCCGCUUACAAGGACGAAUGA